AUGACACAGAGUGGUCACAAAGAAGGAUCUCCCAACGCUCUCUCAGCUCCACAGAGUUUUAGAGUCUUUGUGUACACGUCCUGCUCAGCACCCAACAGAGGUGGAUACCUGCUGAGGAACUUUGUGCGGCGUUUAGCAGCUAAAGACACAGAUAUUUCCCUCAGGAGCUACUUCAAGCUGGAGAGUCCUCGUCUACAGCAGCACAGGAGGACACAGGAAAACGUACCCAGUGGACACACACAGGGUGUCAGAUCUGCUCUGGCUCGGCUUAACAAGGCCACAGAAUACUCCUCGUCCAGUGACGAGGUCGGCAGCAGUGAUGACGAAGACAGAAACAGGUCUGGCCUGUCCAAUGGAAAGGGGAAAUACUUCAGAGGAAUACCUGAUGGGAUUGUGCUGCAACCUCACCAUAAUCUUAAUCAGAUUUCUCGGGUAGGUUCAGAGGAUACCUACAUGCUACCGGACCUUCUGCAGAAAACCUCCUCCUCCAGUCCUACCCACAAUGCACUGGGCCAGCAGCAGCGAACACGUGAACUCAACUACUCACAGUCACCCACAGCCCCUCGGACCCCCACACACCAGGAACUACACGCGGUCAGCAGUCCUACUGGUAAAAACACUUCCUCAUCUUCCUCUUCCUCCUUCCUGUCAUUCAUCGAUCCAAGAUUGAUCCCCAUAUCAUUGCCACCACAGAGCCCUGUGGGCAGUAAGGGUGAGCAAAUCAAGAGAGAGAACCACAGGAAGGGUUCUGUGGUGAAUGUGAACCCGACCAACAUUCGACCGCAGAGCGACACUCCAGAGAUCCGCAAGUACAAGAAGAAAUUCAACACUGAGGUUCUCUGUGCUGGACUGUGGGGUGUGAAUCUGUUGGUGGGGACAGAGAACGGUCUGUGGCUGCUGGAUCGUAGCGGGCAGGGGAAAGUCUACUCCCUCAUCAGCAGACGAAGGUUUCAGCAGAUGGAUGUGUUGGAAGGACUGAAUGUUCUGAUCACCAUCUCAGGUAAAAAGAACAAGCUCCGUCUGUACUACCUGUCCUGGUUAAGGAAUAAAAUCCUGCACAACGACCCAGAGGUGGAGAAGAGACAGGGCUGGACCUCAGUAGGGGACCUCGAAGGCUGCGUACACUAUAAAGUUGUGCGUUACGACAAGAUAAAGUUCUUAGUGAUUGCUUUGAAGAAUGCAGUGGAGGUGUACGCCUGGGCCCCCAAACCCUACCACAAAUUCAUGGCCUUCAAGUCAUUUAGGUCGCUGCCUCAAAAACCGCUGUCUGUUGACCUGACAGUGGAGGAAGGUCAGAGGUUAAAGGUCAUCUACGGCUCCUUGUUUGGUUUCCACGCCAUUGAUGUCGACUCUGGAACACCUUACGACCUCUACCUGCCGACACAUAUCCAGGGCUCCAUUCAUCCCCAUGCCAUCAUCAUUUUGCCAAACAGUGCUGGAACAGAGGUUCUGGUUUGUUAUGAAGACGAGGGCGUCUACAUCGACACCUACGGCCGCAUCACCAAGGAUACGGUGCUGCAGUGGGGGGAGAUGCCUGCGUCGGUCGCCUACCUUCAGUCUAACCAGGUGAUGGGUUGGGGAGAAAAGGCCAUAGAGCUGAGGUCGGCCAUCACGGGGAACCUGGAGGGUGUAUUCAUGCACAAAAAGGCCCAGAAACUCAAGUUCCUGUGUGAAAGGAAUGACAAGGUCUUCUUUGCCUCGGUGCAGUCUGGAGGCAGCAGUCAGAUUUACUUCAUGACUCUCGGGCAGAACUCGCUGUUCAGCUGGUAACGACUGGACCUGUUAACUCUGGGAUCAACUGCUUCAGUAUUCUGGUGACGCCUUUUAAUAUUUGUGCCGACUGAUAUAUAUUCCUGGAUCCAUCACCCUGUCUUGUCAUGUAAAUGCACGCGAUCAAUGAAUUCAUCGCUCCAUCCUCGAAUACUGAAGCCCGGAUCACUGCCACCUCACCCGUCCACCGAAGCAUUAAAAGGUACAGGAUCGAGCAGUGUCGGCAUCUGUAAUGUGAAAAGCACGCAGAGAAAUGUUCUCAUGUCUGAACUCCAGUAGUUACCCGGAGUCUUUCCCAGUAGGAAGGCAGAAAUCUACCUGGCAGCAAAACUGACGGCUUGAUUCAGUUGAUUUUGCGGCGACGUCUAACGAGCACCAGAUCAUCAGAGAACAUGUGGCCCUCUGCUCCACAUUCAGCUCGCCUCUCCUGGAUCACUAACCCUCCGUCAUAUCAGUUACUCAGCUAAUUAUGUGUACAUCAGUUAUUUGCUCGUAUUUGCUUUAACAAUGCCUAGCUGCGGUGUGUUACUGGAUCAACUGCUUCCUUUUUCAUCUGAUGAAGUCUUGGAUAAUUAUUCUCCCAGGACAGACCAGGGGAGUGAAGUCUCUUCUCUGGUGUCCAGCUGUUGUCUGGUUUGUCGUCAUGUAAGCAACAUGUAUUAAAGGACGGGAUGAAAGUAGAAGAACAGAAGUCCUUCAUCACUCCAAGACUGGGAUGGGACCAACAUUUGGACUACAGUAGGACAACUACUGUCUGUCAUUCUAUACUAUGUAGCUACUGCUCGCCAUUUAUACUUCCGCCAAUGAGGUUAUGUUUUUGGUUUUCAUGAAACGUGGUGUAAGGGUGUAGCGUGGGCCAAGGAAGAACCCAUUACAUUGUGUCGUGGAUUCGGAUCACAGAGUGGACACAUGUUUCCUAAUGGUUUUCUUUAAUCAAUGUCCAGAGCCAUGAACCACGUGUGUCCCAAACCUCAGCAGUGUUUAGAAGGCCUUCAGUAAUGUGUUGUUCUUCACAGCUGGAAGAUUUCAAGGACUCAAACACAUUAGUCACUUACUGUAGUACUGUAGUGUAGUUCAGUAGAUUUCCAUAUCCUAGUAUUAGACCAUAUUAUGCAUUUUCCUCACACAGCAUAGAUUCAAUCAGUUAAGUUGAACUGUGUCUGUAGCCUUUACAUAUAUUGUCCACUAAUAAUAAGGCAAAAUGUCAGAACUCAAUUACUUUUGAUUAUUCAUCAGGACAGCCCUUAUUAUCAGAUGGAAGUUCACUUUGCUCCCUGCCUCACCUGAAACUAGUUGUCAAUUAGGCAACAAUGAUAUGUGAUACUAGUAGGGCUGCUGUUGUUGUAUUCCCAUUCAUUGUGUUUAAACCCAGUGUUUGUGUCAGUUAAAGAUAAGGCUCCACUUAUAUUAUUAGUAUUUGCUCUCCCGCUUGCUGCACACAAAUGGAGGCAUGCGGCUGUAUUAACGGGGCGGUGUAGCAGCACCAUAAAUUGCAUUUGUUUUACCACAAUUCCCCCCCCAAAAAAAGCAAUGACAUCAUAAAACAUGACGACAGACUUUUAAAGCUUCAUUUAAAAACCUCAAUAGAAGCUUUCAAUGUUAAAAAAAACAACAUGUGGUACAGCCCUGACACCUGCUGCGUUGCACAUUUUGCAUUAAAAAAGAUUUGAGUAGUUGUUUAGCACAUUCUUAAUGCAGUACCUCUCCAGUCUUAUUAGGUCCCAGUUUGAGCAUUCCCUCCAACACAGAUCUGUCAUUUUAGUGUCAUUAUUCCACAACAAGGACCUGAAGAGUCUUAACACAAGUCGAAAUACAAAACAGGAUUAGAAUCAUUUUCUUUCUGCAUCUCUUUUGUACAGUUUAGGAUGUAUAUAAUCUUGUAAGAUGCACUGUUUUAUAAAUAUUUUAUAAAGGACAAGCCAUCUUUAUGUGUGUACAGAAUAAUGAUCAGGCUUAUGAAUGUUAUUUCCAUGCUCUUUGAAAGUUCAGUGUUUAUGAACAUGAGCUACUGACGGUGAACUUGAAGGCUCCUGGAAGUGUCCAAGAUCGAAUAAUGUAUCGUGUGAAUUCUGUUUUGUGGUUGAUUUCCUACUAAAAAAGUAGAGGUUGGGCUCUUUGCACAAUGGCCACCUUGUACAUGUAUUCUGUAUGUGUUUUGUUUGGAGACAUUUAAAGCCAUUCUGUAUUCAGUAUUGAAGAAAUAACUGAUGGCCUGUAGGCUUUUGGAUCAGUAUUUCUUACACUACCCAACCUGGGACGCACACCUUGAGAGUUUUAUGAGCCUGUUGUGAUGAGCUGGGCCUGUUGUGGAGUAUUUGCUCUUUAUUUUUUUUGUCAUUUACACAAUGAGCAUCAAAGCAAGAAACCAAAGAUGAAGGCUUUGAUAUAUUGGCUUCUGUGUAAGAUAAUUAACAAAUCACAAAUGACUAUUUGUUUUGAAAGAUAAUCUUUAUUUUAUAAAAUUAGAGUUCACCACAGAAUAUUAUAGACUGUAGAAAAGAGGCCAACCAGACCAACACUUCAGACACGUGGAGGCCUGAAGAAUCUUCCAGGAAUGAUGUCUCGCUAAAUCGCAACACAAUAUAUACAAUUUAAAGUUGAUCGUGUUGAUAUAUUUAAUAUCUUACUUGUACGCUUUAGACAGAGGGGAAGUGAGGAAAUAAUUGGGUUUACCUUCAAAUGUGAAUUUGCAUUUUGUCCAUGUUACAUUAUACCGUUUACUCCAUUAGAUUUGGCUCAAACAGCUAACUCACUUAAAUUUUGUGUUACUUUUCUCUAUAUUAUAUUUACUCUUGAAUGUUCAGGCUUUCAAAAUUUGCGCCAAAUGUUUUAUAUUCAGUGAUACUUUGAGUUUUUAUUAUGGACUUGAUAUAAAUAUUGCAGCUGGUUCUGUGAGAAUAUUUUAAACUGGAAAAUGAUAAUGGCUAAGUAGUUACCACAUUUCAUAGUGUUUGUUUCAGUGUGAAACUAAGGCACCGCACCAGAUAGCUAGUUAACAUGGAUACAGUGCAUUUACAUACAGGAGUGUAAACUAAUCUUAAAAGAAUUGCUAGUUUACAGAAGCUAAGUAUUUCAGAACCAAGCAAACUAGCUUGCAAUACUUUUCAGCUAACAUUGCUCGCUAACAUACGUCAAAGACAGCAGGGAGGUUUGGGGAGCAGCAACACAAUGUCACUUUCUCUGUAUGUACACAGUAAGAAGACUUUCAUUCCUGUGUGCAGCUGACAACAACUGCAAUAAAAUGUGAAGAAAAUACAUUUCAUUUUUAGCACUCAAAAUACAUGUUGGAUGAAUGAUAUAUACGUGUUGACAUUUUUCAUUUUAAAAUCUUGACAUAAAUACAGUCACGUGUCUUAUAUAUGUAUAUGUGUAUGUGUAUAUGUGAAUGACAUAUUUAGAAUGAGGCACUUUGCUAGCGUGUGGUCAGCUGUUAAAUCAUGGCCGGCACAGCACCCGGGCUGAGACUUCAGAGUCCAGACACACCUGUGUGUGUUCAGCUCCACUUCACAUUCACACUACAACCAUGUCUCUUUAAAAGUAUAUUCCCGUCCAAAGAACAUUUAGAGGGAAAAGCAUUUUCUCCUGGAUUACGGUCGCAGUUUUAAACACGUGGUUAAAAUAAGACCUGUUUUGUUACCUUGAAUUGCGUAUAUUAAGUUACGUAUUCUGUGUAGGUGACGUAAGUAUGAUACGUGAGUUAACUUACGUACGUACGUACGUACACGGGACACAAACGGCCGUCUUCCAUCCACUACGGCCUCCUUGCGCGGACUUUGUUUAGAAACGGCAAAAACAAACGUAACCCAGGACAAAAUGCAUAUCCCUCGAAACGUAAUUGUCAAUGCAGUUUGAUUGUACGGGAACGUCAUUUCUAGGAGACGAUGCUGAACACGGACAAUGUACAAUACAAUGUUUAGUAGCUUGCCUGUAUGUGCAGCACUCCAAUAUCCAACACACUCUGUCACAGCUGUCUGGUGACACGUGCAGCUAGUGAACACAAGUUAGUCCUUUCAUUAAACGGCCUUUUGAUCUAA